AUGGCGCUGCGGCUUGAAGUCUCAACGCUGGCUGGAAUCAGUAUCCCCAUUAACGUGUGCCCAGAGGACACUGUGCUGAAAUUGCGGUGUGUGGCCGAAUGCAAGCUGAACAUACUGAUCAAGCAUUUGGUGACUGCAGAUGCACACAUCAUGGCUGAUGAAAGACAGGCUGUUGCUGAAGCAAACAUCAAAGAUGGAGAUGUUCUGCAAGCCCUGGCGAUGACAAAGGACGACAAGAUCGAUGCGAUUGUCAAGGACAAAGAGAAUCAGAUGGAGAGCAUCGGAGUGGCCCCUCGUGUGCACGUCGAUCGUGCGGGUGAGUAUGUGAUCAUUGCAAUGCACUGGCAAGUACGGGUCUCCGAAGACUACGAUCGUUGGGAGUAUAUGCUUCACCACUUGACUUCCUGGAGGCGUGGUGCUGCAGCUCUUGAUGGGGCAGCUUUUGAGACUGGCGCUAGAUUUGAUUUUUGCGAUGGAGGUUAUGACCUGAUCUUCGUGGGAGACGGAGAGUAUGAGAAGAGACGCCGGACUCGUCUUGGCCGUGACGAUGGCACGGUGUAUCGCAAGAGCCUUCACAGUCUGCUACAGGCACGGUUAAAUGCUGACUCAGCAGAGAAGCGCUUCUCAGCAUGA